AUGGAUUCGAAGUUGCGGGCGGAGGUUGAAGACCGCUUGGCGUGGGCGUUGGAAGGCGAGCAGCUGGUGGUUAAGCGUUGGAAGGAACGAGAUCCAGGGCUGCACGAUGCUAUCGUGAAUGGUUUGCAGUGGCGCAAAGCAGUUGCCCAGAAUUUCCCUCAAUUGCUACGUUUGACCCAGCAGUGCGGCAACGCCAGCCUGGUCAAAGGCGAAGGCGAGCUGCAAAUCCUCAGAAGGCUACACAGCCUUUUCACCCAAGAGAAAAAUGAGGGUCUGAUGCCUGACUACCAGCGCAUCAAGAAGAGAGCGCUUGCAAGCUGGCCAGCGUGUGCGAAAUCAACUCCCCAUUUGUACCAGUUCAUGCUGAAGUUUGCAGGUGGCCACGACGGCAGUUUCUUGGUGGAAACGGAGCAGUUUUGCCGAGCUCAUGGCUCUUCCACAAAAAGCAUGGGUCCUGCCUUGUGGGAAGUCUUGGCUGCCGAUGUGAGGGGCCGAACAGAAAAACAUGUCUGGGUCCGUCACGCUUUCAUCAAAUUGGCAUGGGUGAAAGACAUUGGCACCGUCUCAGACAUCAAAAGAUGCCUGCGCUCCAAAGAGUUUGCGAAGAGGCUGGAGAUAGCCAACCACAUCGUGUCAGAGACAAAGGGCAUCGUAGACCAUCUUGGCCUGCCCUGGGCCGUGGAUGGCAAGGUUGCUGCUGCGCUUGGGUUCACCCACAUUGCCAUGGCGGCUUUUUUGUUGAACGCCAAGAUUCCUGGCGAGGCCUCUCAUGACUCAUUGGAGGGCAUUGCGCACGAUUUCGCGCAGAUCAUCAAGGGCAUCACCCAGAAUGAAUUUGCACCCCCUUGGGAAGCUUACGCGCAGAAGCGUGACACCGAUUCAUCACGCCCACCUGCCGGAGGUGACCGGUUGAGAGAACUUGACCGUGGCGGCACGGUCAAAAACCCACAGGAUUGCAUGGCAGACGCUGGUUUUCCUGUAGGGUCAUUUGUCAAACGCAAAGCCACCCAAGAGCGUGGACAGAUCUCCGGAGUGACUCAAGACCUGGUUCGUGUGAAGCAGCCUGAUGGCAAUACUUUCAAGGUUUCUAUCAAAGCUUUCCUGUCAGGAGAGUGGGCCCGGUUCACUCCAAAAGCAGAGCCUACGGUGGUAGAUGAUUUGUCACUGUUCAAACCUAGUGAUUUCUCAGAUUGGAAGGUCUUGAACGAGAAGGCCCGGAUCGUUCUGGAGUUGGAACAUCUGCAUAUGAAGCAUGAAGCCGACGCAUGUGAUUCUUCGAGGGUUGUCGUGAAACCAAACCGAGCAUGCUUUGUAACCAAGCCCUUGAAGAAAUUGACUUUGGUACCAACGACCAUGAACAUCAAGUAUGACACAGAGCCUUCACCUGACCGCUACGUGAUCCAGUCAGAGGAUAUGGCUUUUACUUUGAACCCCACGGUGAUCUUCCCAAAAGAAGAUGACGAAUCCGGCUUUGUCACAGCGUUUUGGUUUGUGGAGACAACGUCCAAAGUUGAAGAGGCUACCAUGCAGGUGACUAUGGUGAAGGUUGGAAACCCCAAGAUUCAAAUCCCCAUUCUGACGAAUGUUGGCCAACUCAACAAGGGUGACCGCCUGGCCAUCUACAAGAAGAAGGUGACGAAGGAAGCAGAGCCUCUCGAGGUUUCUCCGGCGAAAAAGCGUCGAAGAGAGAAAGGCCCUGAGUGA